UCCUCGGCUCCUCCGCCCGGCCCGGCUCCGCAGCCGCACUGCUGCCCGCUCCCGGCUGCGGCAGCCAGCGCGGCGCCGGCAACAACUUUCCGUGCGCGGCGGAGCGGGAGCGGGAGCGGGAGCGGGAGCGGAGCAUCCCCCCCCUCCGCCCCCAGCCCGCCUCUCCCCGGCGGGAGGCGGGGGGGGGAGCGGCGGCGGCGGCGGCGGCCCGGGGGCGGCCAUGCUGGGUCCGGCGGUGCGGCUGGCGCUGGGCGCGGGGGAGCUGGUGCCGGCGGCCGCGGGGCUGCCGGGGCGGCUGCUGGCCCUGCUCUGGCCGGCGCUGGUGCUGGGGGCGGCCGCGCUGCUGGUCCUGCGGGGGCUGCGGCGAGGCCGGGCCGAGCAAGGGGCCCGCCGCCGCCGCCGCCGAGCCGCCGGGAAGGCGCGGGAGGAGGCGGAGGAGGAGGAGGAGGAGGAAGAGGAGGAGGAGGAGGGGGAGGAGGAGGAGGAGGAUGGCCCCGCGGGGGCCGGCGGCCCGGCGGCCGGGGCGCUGCCGGCGCGGCAGCCGGAGGAACAAAGGCGCGCGGCGCAGGUUCCAGUGAAUGGCCAGCUUAGAACAUCAGCCAACAGCAGAGAGAAAAAGCUCCUCAAGCCUAAGAAGAAGAGGAAAGCCCAGUGCUCAGACAAGGAGGUGCCAAAAGAUUUGCUUUCUGUGGAAAAAGACAAACUGCAAGAGGAGGAAGGAGUUUGGCAGACCAAGAUCAGCAGCCGAGAAAAGAGACACUUAAGGAAGGAAAGGCUGAAACAAAAAGACCCCAGCAGAGCAUCCCUGGGUAGCUCGGCGGUUGAGCCUGCCUUUGACUGGGAUGAGAAGGGAGCGGUGUGGCCACUCACAGAGGACACCAGUGGCGGUGGAAAAGGCGCUUUCGUUGCCAAGGCAGAGUGUGGGGCUGUGCUGAAGGCCUCAGGAGCCAUACGGGAAGAACUGGCACCCUCCUGGUCAGAAGAGGAUGUUUUCUCCAAUGUAGGAACAUGGGAUAUUGCAGAAGUAAAAUCCUGUCCUGUGACCUUUGGGACGUUAUCAGAGCUGUCCAGGGAGUUAGAUAAUGUGAAGAGUAAGUCAUCUGAGGACAGUCCUUCCAGAUGCUGUUGGCACACCAGCUCGACUUUCCUCCCCGCAGACGAUGCAUGGCAGGGACAGGAUGAUCCUUCAGCAAUUGACCUAGAUUCUGACUGGAAGGCUCCCACGGAAGAGUGGGGAAACUGGACAGGAGAUGAGGGGCAUCAGACAGGGGACGAAAAGGAGAAGGAUUUGCCAAAAGGCAAAGCAAGCAUUCAUUUCUGCCUUUCCGGACUUGAAAGCAAAACACAGCAGAAGAAGAAGAAAAUUGAAGUGAAGGAAGCAAGGGGUGGAGCUGGACUGAGGCAUGGGAAAACAAGGGGAAAGAUGGUAGUGAAAGGCAAUUUCAAUACUUUAAUCCUUUCUAAAACAAAUAAACAGGAGCCCCAGCAAGGUUUGGAAACAAGAAUGGAAGAAGGCCCACGGGACUUGAUAUCUACAAAACAUAGCAGUGAUGCAGUCUGUGCUUCCUUCAGAAAAUCCUUGGACAUUGCUAAUAAUUCACCCAAUAACAUCAAAAAGCCAACAUUUCCCAGGGACGUGAUUGCACACGGAAGGUUUGGGCACUGGCCCCUGUUGUUUGUGUGGCAGAUGUACCUGGAAAAAAGGAGAGGAGGAAGAGGAAGAAAAUGAAGAAGGAGACUUGAGGGAGCUGUGCAGCUGCCAGAGUGACAACCCAAUGGGGCAGGCAUGCCGAUGAGCUGCAAGGAUUCUGCUUUCUGCGAUGCCGCGCUGAGCCCAAAGGGAAGAGAGGCUCUAGGAGACCUCCCAGCAAGAGGAAGAGAAGAGGAGCAGUGAGCCAGAGAGCGUGAGUGUGUGAGAAAACGGAGAGCAUGAGCACGCUGUGCACAGGAGGUGGCAUUGAACCAGUGUGGCUGUUCAUUACAAACUGCUGCCCUUGAUUAAAAGCUGUUGAAUGGGUUUUGACUGGUUGCAUUAAGUCCUUUCAGUUUUUCACUGUCAUGUUGUUCGUCAACUUGUAAUGUUAUAUGCCAUUGUAGAAAUGGUCGGGACGUACCUGACCGUGAUUGUACUUCAUUUCCAUGGAGGGUCCACCGGCUAGUCUGGUCUCCUCUGGCAUUUUUGCAGAGGUGCUCAUCGACAGGCUAGUAAUGUACAGAAGGAAGCAUUGUUCAGAGACAAAGGGAGAACAACAUGGAUCGUUCUCAAACCUCCUAAAUCUUUUAAAUCCUUGUUGGCUGCUACAGUCAGCUUUUUGCCUCAUACCCUGACAUGUAAGUAUAAACUUUUCACCCACGUCAGGCUAGCUUGCUCCACAAGGGAAAAUUUCUAAAGGAGGUUUUAAACUUAUUUGGAAAGAUGGUCUAAACCCUUUUUUUCUCCUCAGAUUUCAUGGUGGGCUGAAGUUUAAAGUCUGUAUGUCCAAAGCAUGUUGCAUUUGUACUUAUAGUAGACUGAAGUAACUUUUUGAAAUCAUUCUUCUUAAUCUGAUGUUUGGAAGUUUUUAUCAUUUUGUUACUUAAAUAUUCUAAUAUAAACUAAAUUUGUGGCCAAAAUUUUUUAAAAUGUGGUUUUAGUAUUUAUUGAAGAGUCUGUAUUUCUCAUUGUCAGAGGGCUUAUAGUAUGGAGGAGGGAAUGUGUUGCAAUUGAAUAGUGUGUUUUAUAAAUAAUGCUGAGCUGACACCACUAAAAGCGGAAGCCCUUUAUCCCUAGAGGAGCCGCAGGUUUAGCGGUAGCUGUGAGGGUUUCUUCAGAUGGUCCUGAGACUGUGCCUCCACCUGACCCAACCUAGGAGUGCUGCCUCAAAGGAUGAGACAGUGAUUGUCAAAUCUCCAUCUGCAUUCGACUUUGUGUCUUUGGAGAUUGUGUGGGAAGAUUAUGUUAUUAAUGCAUGUUAAACGUAUGCACGGUCCGUCUGUAGGCAUUGGGCUGAUGCUGUGAAACUCGUUUCACGUAGGACACUGAGUAACCAGGGAUGUUUGUUAAUGGCGUUAAAGCUCUACAGCAGCACUCCUGUUUGCAUCAGGGAGCCAGAGGAGAGCUCUGUGCUUCUGCCAUCACAGCCACCCAGUCCCUGAUGCUGGCUUGUCUGAGCUUUACCUGCAGCUCAAUACUUUUACCUGAUGGCCUUCAUCUGUUGCAUACCUGUCAAAGCAGCUGUAUCCUUCAGAGAGGCAAUUAAUUGCAGCAAUGUAUUUGUGUUUGGAGUUUAGCUACUGUAUGUGAAAGGGCAGUUCUCUUGUGCUGUGAUUUUUGGGGUAGGUAGCUGUACAGUGUGCCCUGAAAUUUAGCACAGCAGGAUUGUUUCAGACAGACAGGUGAGGGGUAAUCUUAACUGUGACCACUUAGGAGCCCACUGUCUAGAAUCUGCACAUCUUGGUGUUUGUGUCUCAGUAUAGGGGAAAUACAGGCAGUUUAUGAAUGGACUGAAUAGACCAACGAGCUUUUAUCUGGAAAGUAACAGGUUUGGAGCAGAUGCAUAACAAGAAAAUACAUGGCCUCACUGGAGAAACAAGUACAGCAAGUUCAAGGAUUUAGACGAUGUGUUAAUGGGUAUGUGGGUAAUGAGUAAAGUUCUGCUAUCUCUGAAGCCAAUGGAAAACAUUCAUUGACCUCAUUGGGGCCAGGAUGUUGCCCAAGGUCUUUGUUUAGCAUUGAAGAUAACCUCUGUCAUCCAAAAAAAAAAAAAAAAAAGAAGAAUGAAAGAGAUGAUAGAGAAGCUCACAAGAUUGGUAGACUCCAGAUUGUUUCUGCUUUUUUCUCUAUAUCUGCUUGGAAACUUUUUGAUGUCUGUGUAAUUAUGUUUUAUUUCAACAUGUUACAGUAUUUCAAAUGUUCAUUGUUUUUAUAAUUAAAAAAUCAAAACUUUUUGCCCAAA